AUGGACACACCAGUGGAAAUUUUUAAAGAAGAUAAAUGCUCAUCGGUCUUCUCAGAAGAGUGUCUUACCAACAAUACUUGGCUGUCUGGCUAUUUUGACGUUGACAAUUUCACUCACGAUGAUAACCUGUGGGCAAACCACACCAUGUCGCCAAUUAUUCCAAUUAUCACUGCUGUUUACUCAGUGGUGUUUGUCGUGGGCUUGCUAGGUAACGGCUUGGUAAUGUAUGUUAUUAUCAGAUAUACAAAGAUGAAAACAGCUACCAACAUCUACAUUUUUAAUCUAGCUGUGGCAGAUGCUCUUGUUACCACAACAAUGCCCUUUCAGAGUACAGACUACUUAUUAGGUACAUGGCCUUUUGGGGAAGUAGUCUGCAAAAUAUUUAUUUCAAUAGAUUACUAUAACAUGUUCACCAGCAUUUUCACUUUGACCAUGAUGAGUGUCGACCGGUACAUUGCCGUUUGCCACCCUGUAAAGGCCCUUGAUUUUCGCACACCAGUAAAGGCCAAAAUAAUUAAUGUUUGUAUCUGGAUACUCUCAUCAGCAGCUGGUAUACCUGCACUGAUACUGGGCAGCACACAAACUAAUCAUGGUACCACAGAAUGUGCUUUGCAGUUUCCAGAACCGUAUGUGUACUGGGACACCCUCAUGAAAAUCUGUGUGUUCAUUUUUGCAUUCGUCGUGCCAGUUCUCAUUAUUUCAGUGUGCUACACCUUAAUGAUCCUGCGUCUGAAGAGUGUCCGACUCCUGUCUGGCUCUAGGGAAAAGGACCGAAAUUUGCGUCGCAUCACAAAGCUGGUGUUAGUGGUGGUGGCUGUUUUCAUCAUCUGUUGGACUCCCAUACAUGUUUUCAUUUUGGUCAAGGUAUUAACAAAUAUUCCUGAAACCACAUCCGUGAUGGCGGCCUACUUUUUCUGUGUGGCACUUGGCUACACCAACAGCAGCCUCAACCCCAUUCUUUACACAUUCUUGGAUGAAAACUUCAAAAGAUGUUUUAAAGACUUCUGCAUUCCUUCAAAGCAAAAAACAGAUCGCCCCAGUGCCAGCAGGGUGAGGAGUACUGUCCACGAUCCAACUUAUCAUCAGGAAAAUGCUGAUGGAACAAGGAAACCAGUAUGACUAGCAGUGGAAAUGUCCUCUUUCUCCCCUCAUGGAAAAGAAGAUUCACGUGAUCUAGGACUAACUCAGAUAACAUCUGCACUCUAAAUGAUACUAGUAACACCCCCCACUGUUC